AUGUCAGUACUCAGUCGAGGCUGCGACGAGGGAGAAAUCGUCCGCGCUUACGUCGCUUUCCCUCACUAUGCGUUCGCGCGCUUUUGCAAAAAUUAUAAAAUAAAAAUCAUAGUGAAUAACAAUUAAAUUACCUUCCGCGUUCGUGUUGGCAUUUUUUAUGAACGGAAAUUUUAUGUGACCAGUGGCAGUGAUGUUUACAAAACGAGCAGUGAUUAAAAAAAUAUGAAUGGAUCUUAAACGAACCCACUUCUUAGUUAAGUUUCGUGAGAUGAAGCCGUUUUUCAAACAGGCUUUCGUGGUAUGCGGUGCAGCGUUGAAUAUUGCCGGGCAUGGAUGUGCCCAUGGCUUCCCUGCUGUGCUGUUCGCACAACUGAAGAGUGACGGGGGACCGGUGACGCUCACUGAACAUGAUACUUCUUGGAUAGCAUCUGUGGUGGGCGUCAUGGGCAUCGUUGGAAACUUCGUAUCACCAGUCCUGAUGACACGUCUGGGUCGGCAGAAAGCCCAUCUCAUUAGCACCAUACCAGCACUCCUCGGAUGGAUCGUGUUCGUUCUAGGAAACUCCGUCCCACUCUUCAUACUGGCAAGGUUACUGCACGGUCUGGCUUUAGGCUUAAGGACCCCUCUAGCUGCUAUAUUAGUGGCGGAGUACACUGAUCCAAAAUACCGUGGUGCCUUCCUAGGGACCUUCGCUAUAUCUUUAGGGUUAGGAAUUUUCUUAUCCCAUCUUUGGGGCGCGCAGUUAACAUGGAAAAUGACUGCUGUCGUCUGCUCGCUAUUCCCUCUAAUUGCCAUGGCUAUUAUCUCCUUGUCUCCGGAAUCGCCAAGUUGGCUGGUCUCCAAAAAGAAGUUUGAGGAAGCGAGAAAGGCGUUCAAAUGGGUCAGAGGUGAAGGCCCCGAACAAAGGGAAGAGCUGGAGGCCAUGAUUAACGCACAGAAAGAAGAACUAGCUGAAGAGAAAAGAAACGAAGUCGUUAAAACCACUCGUAGUGGAGUAUUUAGAACAGCAGUGGAUUCUAUCAAGGAUGUAUUGAAGAUAUUCAAAAAGAAAGAGUUCUACAAACCAGCUAUUAUAGCUAUAAGCAUGUUAAUAGUGUUCGAGUUCGGUGGAGCUCAUAUGUUCGCAGCUUAUGGUAAUACUAUACUUGAAGCUGUACUUGACAAAAAUGAUCCGAAAGACGUCGCUUGGCAGUUCACAGUCAUGGACCUAUUGAGAACUGUGUGCGCAUUCUUAGCCAUAUUCUUGUUGAAAUACUUCAAGAGACGUACAAUUUUAUUCACGAGCGGUAUUAUGACCGUUUUAUCUCUGAGCGCAAUAUCAGUUUUCAUCUAUAUUAGAAAAGCUGGUGUCCUAACUUCAGAAUGGAUGUUAGAUGUGCUGCCAAUGUCUUUGAUGACACUCUACACUUUAUCCUUUUGCCUCGGUUUAGUUCCUUUAAAUUGGGUUAUCUGUGGGGAAGUAUUCCCGUUAGCUUACAGGAGUUUAGGAUCGACGUUGUCCACAUCGUUUCUAACGCCAUCUUUCGUGGUAUCUAUGAAGACUGCUCCUCAUUUAUACUCUUCUGUAGGAGUCGAAGGUGCAUUUUUAGUUUAUUCUGCCACUUUGACUGUAUUUUUAUUAGUAAUUUACGCUUUAUUGCCAGAAACAAAGGACAGGACUUUACAAGACAUAGAAGAUAGUUUUAAGGGUAAGAGACAAGUGGACCCUGAAGUACAGUUAAAACUGAUUAAUAAAGACGACAUUGUUUUAGUGAAAUAGACAUUUAAUUGUAAAUAAGUACUUAAAACCUGUGAUAAGUAGUAGUCAUUAGGGAAGAAGAGGGCACUUUGACAUAUUUUUCAAUUUUUCUCAUGGUUUAUGAGUCCGAGCUCUAGUGAAGAUAAACUCAGAAACAGAAAUAAAAUAAGCAAAUUUUUUAACUCUUAAUCUUUUUAUUAGAAUCUACGAAUAGUGCCCCUUUCUCCUCUAAUUUAUAUUUCAUUAAUUUGACCAAAAACAAUAAAUAUUUGUUCCGUAACACUGAUUAUAACUCUUUGUUCCUGUAUGUGUCAUGAUGCCAAUUAUAUGGUGGAAACUAAAUGAUAAUGGGCAUAGCCAGGGUCACUUUGGAGAAAAUAUAAGUUACCUUUUAUACAAAUUUUAACUUGGUAUUUUAAAAACAAGCUAUUAUACUUAAACCAUAUACAUAUGUGGUUUGAGUAUAAAAAAAUUAAUAUGUAAAGUUAAUGUUACUUAUGUUGGCUAUGCCCAUCCUCCCAACCAUUCUUAAAAUAAUGCAGUUACCUAAAAAUUGUUAUAUAAAUUAUUCGUAUUUUCGUUUUAUUUUGUCUUAGACUAAGUGAAAUAUGGACACAAAUAACAUGCCAAUUAUUAAAUUCAGCAAAUAAAUUUUAGUUUCUAAAUAUCUAUGUAAAAUAAUUUAAAAUGUCUUGAGACACAUUGUGUAUUAUAUAAUAAAUAAUGCUCUGAGAGAUACAAAAUGAAUAUCGAUUAUUAUGUAAAAUGACAUUUGCUUAUGAACCAAUCUUCAAAUUUCUAUGACUACAGACCAUUAAUGUUAACAAAUAAAACAUAUUUUAACAGUACAAACGAUCAAGGAACAAUAAAAUUAUGUUGUUAUCUUAAA